AGAGAAGGAACUUUGCUCAUUUCUGAUACUUUCUCCUCUUGCCUCUCCCAGGCACAUCUGAGCUGCUGCCAAGAGCCCAGGCUUGGCUCUGACCUCAUGAAAAUUUGCCAAGUAUAGAAGCUUCCCAAGAAUGAGAUGGAUUCUGGGGUUCCUUCGCCUGAGAAGCAGGACAAAGAGAAUUUAGUGGGAGUCAACAAUAAGCGGCUUGGUGUGUGUGGCUGGAUUCUGUUUUCCCUUUCUUGUCUGUUGAUGAUCAUUACGUUCCCCAUCUCCAUCUGGAUGUGCUUAAAGAUCAUUAAGGAGUAUGAACGCGCUGUCGUAUUCCGUCUGGGACGCAUCCAAGCUGACAAAGCCAACGGGCCAGGCUUAAUCCUUGUCCUGCCCUGCAUAGAUGUGUUUGUCAAAGUUGACCUCCGAACGGUUACUUGCAACAUUCCUCCACAAGAGAUCCUCACCAGAGACUCUGUGACCACUCAGGUAGAUGGCGUCGUCUAUUACAGAAUCUACAGUGCUGUCUCAGCAGUGGCUAAUGUCAACGACGUCCAUCAAGCCACAUUUCUGCUGGCUCAGACCACUCUGAGAAAUGUUUUAGGGACACAGACCUUGUCCCAGAUCUUGGCUGGACGUGAAGAGAUCGCCUGUAGUAUCCAGACAUUACUUGACGAUGCCACGGAGCUGUGGGGGAUCCAGGUGGCCCGCGUGGAAAUCAAAGAUGUCCGGAUCCCUGUGCAGCUGCAGAGGUCCAUGGCAGCUGAGGCCGAGGCCACCAGGGAAGCCAGAGCCAGGGUUCUUGCAGCAGAAGGAGAGAUGAAUGCUUCCAAAUCUCUGAAGUCAGCCUCCCUGGUGCUGGCUGAGUCCCCCAUAGCCCUUCAGUUGCGCUACCUGCAGACCCUGACCACUAUAGCCACCGAGAAGAAUUCCACCAUUGUCUUUCCUCUGCCCAUGAAUAUACUGGAGGGCAUUGGUGGUGUCAGUUGUGAUACAAGAAGCUUCCUGUUUAAUAGAGGUCCUCUUGAGGUAGAUAGCCAUUGGGUUAGAGAACCAGGACUAUGCCUAGGGAGAAGCCAGCAGUUGGAAGUGGUAAGAAUUCCAACACUAUUUCAAAAGAAAACAGAAGUAGAAACAAGGGCAGUAGACUAUGACCAUCUUUAAGGACAUAAUCAACUUUGCAAUAUUCUGAUAAAAUUAGUGGCCUCUGACUUUACAGCAGGAACUUUUUUGUA